UACCGGCAAACCGCGGCUCAGAUUCCGAACUUCAUCGGCCGGUGUUCAGGACUUUACUUUUUUUUACGUUUUGACGUUUUCCAUAUUAUAUUAUUAUCCAAUUUUCCACUCAUAACGACGAACAAGUCAACUUCGUUCCAUCAUCUCAUCGGUUGUAAGUCUUGUAAUGUUGUCGGAAUCAAAAACAUACGUCAAACAAUAACCAUUGCGAGCUCAGAAUGACAAACGGUGUCUGCGUCUAAAUACGUUUCUACACCUACGUCUAACAAAGUUAAUAGCUUAUACAGUUAUACAGAAAUGGAAACUGAUUUAAAUACGGCAUUGGCCGUUAAUUUUAUACAAAACAAACCUGUUGGAAUGGAUAUAGUGGAUUAUGUUACCAGCGUUCAGUCAAAAAUCAUGGAGAAGGAGACUGAAUUGUUUUUUCAAGAAUUUUUAUGCGAUUCUGAACCGAACAGACCAUCUGAUCAACAAGGUAUUGAAGAAAAUGCGUCUCUGUCUCUAUCUUUCUUGGAUCUUCAACAUCUUGAAAAAAUAUAUACUAUGCCAGAAGAUGAAAAAAUAAAUAUUGACUAUGGAAUGUCUUCAGUUAGUAACUGUUCAUCAAACUAUACUAACUUAAUUCAAAAAUCAAACACAUGUUUAGUCCAACCUGUAAUCACCAUGAAAAUUUUGAACGAGAUGUCAAGGAUGCCAACUGAUUCUGGUUAUAACACAAAUGUUUUAAAAAUGAGUUCUCAGAAUACCAAUCAAAUAUCUACUGAAAUAAUGUCACAGUCAAUACAGAGCGCUUUAGAUCUUCUUAUAUGUACAUUAUUUGAUACUUCAGAAUUAUUAGAAGCAGUUUGUAAUUGGGAUGAUUGUAAUAAUCUUGUAAGAUAUUUCGUCGACUUGGUAGCGAAAAUAGCAGAAAGUAAUGAAUUCGGGUUCACUUGUCGAGACAAUGUGAUGACAUUUGUCCAAAAUACGGCAUUUACAAUUUUAAACAAUCAUCACAUGUAUAAAUCUAUUCAUGUCGAAUAUCAAUGUAAUUUACUCGCCAAAUUUUGCUACGACAAAUAUAUUCGAUGGAAUAUUAUAAAUUUACUUAUAAAUCGAAUUAAGAUUGAUGUUCAGAUCGUGCCAAGUUCUAGUUCACUUCGGAGCAUAUUUUACACUUUUCACUUGAUACAUAAGUUGUUACAUAAAAUUGAUUUUCAUGCUACUAAUGAAACAACCAAAAACUGUAACAGCUUAACAGAUUUGUGGAAAAUAAACUAUUUAAAGAAAAGCGGAAACGAAACCGAAAGGAUUGAACAAAUGUUAAAAGAAUGGAAAAAUUUGUUGGAACAUAUUUCAAUGGAAUCUUUAAAGAAAAAUGUAUUUUUAGUAAGUAUAAAAGCGAAUCAAUGUUUAGAGGCUUUACAGCUUCUGUACUGUAAUAAAACCUAA